ACUCCAUCACCGAACAUGACCGGGGAGAAUAAACCAUUAUGCGAUCACCAGUGCAGCCCGGAUGAUAGUGAUCCCCUGCACGGUUCGGACUCGGAGAGUCCCAGCUCUCCAGCUGGGGAUGCGCAGGGAAUUACGCGCAAGCCGGAGAGCUAUCCAGAAGACCAGCGUUUCCCCGCCUGCAUCCGUGACGCGGUGUCACAGGUGCUGAAAGGCUACGACUGGUCCCUGUUGCCCGUGCCGAGUCAGGGAGAACGAGGACCCAAGGGGAAACCGCACGUGAAACGCCCCAUGAACGCCUUCAUGGUCUGGGCUCAGGCGGCGCGAAAGAAGCUGGCGGACCAGUACCCUCAUCUGCACAAUGCUGAGCUCAGCAAGACGCUGGGCAAACUGUGGCGGCUUCUCUCCGAAACAGAGCGGCGUCCCUUCGUGGAGGAGGCCGAGCGGCUGAGGCUGCAGCACAAGAGAGACUAUCCGGACUACAAGUACCAGCCUCGGAGACGCAAGAGUGCCAAGCCGGGCCACGGGGAGUGCAGACCCAGGCUGGUCCAGCAGCAGGGCUUUUGCAAGACGGAACCUGGCGUUGCCAAUCUGCAUGACACAGGGGAGGCGCACCACCACUACCACCCCGACAGACCAGGUCACCCUCAUGGUCCCCCGACACCCCCUACUACUCCAAAAUUUGAUCUGCACAUGGGGAGCAAGCACGAGGGCCCCCAGCGUGUGGACGGCCGUCAGAACAUCGACUUCAGCAACGUGGACAUCUCAGAGCUCAGCACCGACGUCAUCGGCAACAUGGACGGCUUCGACGUCCACGAGCUGGACCAGUACCUCCCUCCCCCGAGCGGCCACGGAGACGCUCCCCCGACCCCGGCGGAAGGCGCGAAAACAACCUCCCCUUUCAGUCACGAGGCCCGGGAUGGGAGUCACAGACUUCAGAUUAAGACGGAGCAGAUGAGCCCCGGUCGCCGCGGCGCCUCCCCGCCCUCCUCCUCCUCCUCCUCCUCCUCCCCCCCUCCCUCCUCACACCAGCCCCAGUACACUUCCCUGGGCUCAGGCCCCCGCCCCUCCUCCUCCUCCUCCUCCUCAUCGUCUCCCACCAAUCAAUCAGACUAUGCUGACCUUCAGAGCUCCAGCUUUUACAGCGCCUUUUCCAGCUAUCCCGCCGGCCUGUAUCAAUACCCGUACUUUCACUCCUCCGGCAGGCCUACCGCCGCGCCACUUAUCAACAGCCUGGCCUUGGUGCCACCUUCACACAGUCCUCCCACUGGCUGGGACCAGCCUAUCUACACUACGCUCACCAGGCCUUGA